ACUCUCUCCCUUUCUCGCCGCAGGAUGUGUGGUGCAUGGGAGUAGAGUGGUUGAAUGUGGUUCUUCACCGAUUUAGUGAUUUAUGUUCAUUUGAUUUCCCUUAUUUCUAGAAGUUCAUCACUCCUGAUAUGGCGGGGUGUGUUGGAAUUCCUCAAUGGUGUUUCUCCCAAGUGAAAGGAACCCUUGAAGAUGAAAUUCAUGAUGAGGACAUCAUCUCCUGCAUGGAGUUCGACCAUGACGGCGAGCUGCUGGCGACGGGCGACAAGAGCGGCCGCGUGGUGAUCUUCCAGCGCGACCCGCAGUCCAAGACGCACAAGCCGCCGCGCGGCGAGUACAACGUCUACAGCACGUUCCAGUCACACACGGCGCGCUUCGACUCGCUCAAGUCGCUCGACAUCGAGGCCAAGAUCAACAAGAUCCGGUGGUUGAAGCGCAAGAACGCCGCGCACUUUCUACUCUCGACGAACGACAAAACGGUGAAGCUAUGGAAGGUUUCGGAGCGGGACAAGCGGGAAGUGGGCUUCAACACGCGCGAGGACAGCGGUGUGCUCCGCGACUACUCCAGCAUCACUUCGCUCAAGGUUCCGCGGUGGGCGCCGAUGCGACUGACGGUGAAUGCUUGCCCGCGGCGGAAGUUCCGCAACGCUCACGUGUACCACAUCAACUCCAUCAGCGUCAACUCGGACCAAGAGACGUUCCUCUCCGCUGACGAUCUCCGGAUAAACCUCUGGCACCUGGAGGUCAACGACAAAAGCUUCAACAUUGUAGAUAUCAAGCCGAGCAAUAUGGAGGAGCUGACGGAGGUGAUCACCGCGGCCGAGUUUCACCCCUCCGAAUGCAACCUAUUCGUGUACAGCAGUAGCAAGGGCACCAUUCGGUUAUGUGAUAUGCGACAGGCGGCCCUCUGUGAUAACCAUGCAAAAAUGUUCGAGGGCCCCGAAGACCCGUCCCGAAGCUUCUUCUCCGAGAUCAUCUCUAGCAUCUCCGAUGUCAAGUUCUCCAACUCGGGCCGCUACAUGAUCUCGCGCGACUAUCUGUCCGUCAACGUGUGGGACAUGAACAUGGAGUCGCGGCCGAUCGAGACGUACCAGGUGCACGACUAUCUGCGCACCAACCUCUGUUCGCUGUACGAGAACGACUACAUCUUCGACAAGUUCGAAUGCUGCUGGAACGGCAACGACACGCACAUCAUGACGGGAUCUUACAACAACUUCUUCCGCGUGUUCGACCGCGAAAGCAAGAAGGACGUUACGCUGGAAGCGUCGCCCGACAUCGCCAAGCCCAAGACAAUACUCAAGCCUCGCAAGGUGAGCUCUCAGACGCGUCGGAAAAAGGACGAGAUCGCCGUCGACUGCCUGGACUACAACAAGAAGAUCCUGCACACGGCCUGGCAUCCGCACGAGAACACCAUCGCCGUGGCGGCCACCAACCAGCUCUACAUCUUCCACGAGAAGGACUUCUAGCCCGCUGACGCUAGCCGAUGAAUCAAAUGUGCCAGGGCCGGCCGGCGAGCCGGCCAGACGCGGAGCUGGAGCCGAACGGCCACGGCGCGUCACGGCGCUCGGCCAGCCGGCACUGAAUCAUGUGGAGCGCGCGCCUGCGCUCGCGCCGGCCCCGGUGGCGGCCCGGCCCGCCCCGCCCGGUCCACUCCUGCCCUGCCCCGCCCCGCCACCGGGCGCUUUUAUUUGUGAACUGUUUACCGCGAUUGUCGAUACGCCGAUAGUGCAGACUUGUUUUUGAUUGGAACGAUACGGGCGCGGUGCGGCCGGCGUCGCCCAGCCCGCGGCAUUGUGUCGCCCGCUCGCGGGCCGGCGCCGCCCCGCGAUGAACAUUCCGCGCGCGGUCGGCUCGGGCCGCCGCGCUGCCCGCUGCGGCGGCGGCACGGACACACAGACGGAGCAGCACGUCCGCACUGAGAAAGAGAGAGAGGGAGAGCGCGCGCGAGCGAGCGAGCGAGCGAGCGGAAACAGAGGGAGUACCUGCGGACUGCAGCGCGCCGGUCGCGGCGCGGACUGUCGGCAGCGGCCUGCGAUGUGAAAUAAACAUGUCGAUUGCGCCUC